AUGACAAUAGUUAAUGAAAGUCAUCAUGAAGAGUUCAUCCUACUAGGCUUUGCAGACCUACAUUGGCUAGAGCUUCCUCUAUUCGUUAUUCUUCUCAUAACAUAUCCCCUGGCCUUGAUUGGAAACAUUGCUAUCAUUCUGGUUUCCAAAUUAGAUCCUCAUCUCCACAGUCCCAUGUAUUUCUUCCUCACCAACCUCUCCUUUCUAGACAUGUGUUAUACCACAAGCAUUGUGCCUCAGAUGCUAUUUAAUCUGGGAAGCUCUACGAAGACCAUUAGCUAUAUUGGGUGUAUAAUUCAGCUUUAUAUCUUCCAUAUAAUGGGGGGCACAGAAUGUCUGCUCUUGGCUAUUAUGUCCUUGGACCGCUAUGUGGCCAUCUGCAGACCUCUGCACUACACCCUCAUCAUGAAUCAACAUACUUGCAUCUUGCUAGUAUCCAUUAUGUGGAUGACUGGAGUGAUCUUUGCUUUCUCAGAAGCCACUCUUACAUUACAAUUGCCAUUGUGUGGUGUCAAUAAAUUGGAUCACUUGUUGUGUGAAAUUCCAGUUCUGAUAAAGACUGCCUGUGGUGAAAAGGAAGCUAAUGAGCUUGCACUGUCUGUGGUGUGUAUUUUUAUAUUAGCUGUUCCUCUAUGUUUAAUCCUUGCCUCCUAUGCUAGUAUUGGACAUGCUGUAUUUAAGAUUAAAUCUUCUGAGGGAAGGAAGAAGGCCUUUGGUACAUGUUCCUCUCAUCUCAUUGUAGUUUCCUUAUUUUAUGGUCCAGCCAUUAGCAUGUAUCUUCAGCCUUCCUCCUCUAUCACAAGGGACCAGCCCAAGUUCAUGGCUCUCUUCUAUGCAGUAAUGACACCAACACUAAACCCCUUCAUCUAUACCCUAAGGAAUAAGGAUGUAAAAGGGGCCUUAGGGAACCUAGUGAGGAACAUUUGCAAAUGCAAAUAA